CCAGUCCAGCCCACUACAGCCACCGUGCCUGGGCCACCGGCCAUGGACUAUGACAAACCCAGAAAGGGCUUCAUGUCCCCCAUUAAGAGGCUGGUUUCCUCCAAGGCGGCUCGACACCAGGCAGACAAGGGGAACGUGCGCCGGCCACUCCACACGGUGCCCCUGUACCCGCCGGACUACCUCAUCCACCCCGAGAGGCUCAUCUAUGACUACGUGGAGAAGGAGGUCAAGUUCCUGGGCCACCUGACAUGGGUGUCCUGUUCCCUCAACCCCUCCAGCAGAGAUGAGCUUCUGCAGCUUCUGGACACAGCCAGGAAGCUGAAGGUGCUGCCGCUGAAGACCAGCCCGGAGCAGGACUGCAUCCUGAGCCUGUCGGCACGCUGCCUUCUGCUCACCUGGAGGGACAACGAGAAGCUGCUGCUGCGCAUCCCCACGCACGAGAUCGCCGCCGCAUCCUACCUGAGAGACGACGCCCUGCACCUGCUCGUGCUCAAGACGGGUCUGAAUGUGGACACAGUGCUGGCCGGGGACAGCCUGGAGAAGAAGUCCGGGGGCAUUGAGGGUCGCCGGCAGACCAUGAGCAACGCAGACCCCCGGCCAGCAGGGGGCACUAUGGAGCGGCGCCACACCAUCUGUGGCGUGGACUGGAAACCCUCCUCACGCCAGAGCAGAGAGAGCCAGCAGCAGCAGCAGCAGCAGCAGCAGCAGCAGGCUGGGGUCAAGGGUGGUGGGGUGGGGGGCCCCACUGGAGGAGGUGGUGGUGGGAGCCUCGAGCGCAAACGCGUUUCAGGCAGCUGGGAGCGUCGGCAGACCCGGAGGGCCGGCGGGGGGAGCUGGGAGAAGCGACCCAUGAGCGGCAGCUGGGGGGACCGGCGACCAGUAGGGGGCAGCUGGGAGCGGCGCGUGCCCGGGGUGGGGGGUAGCUGGGAGAAGAGACACGGGCCGGGCGGGGGCAAGCCAGGGGGUGGUAGCUGGGAGCGGAAGCACACGCCCGGGGGCAGUUGGGAGCGCAGGCACGCCUGCACAGGCAGCUGGGAGCGGGGCAAGGUCUAUGGGAGCUGGGAGAGGAGGAACCACAACCCCCUGGAGCCCACGCCCUGCCCAGAUGCCUACUGCAACCUGGUCAUCCUGGCCGUGGAGAACAGGGAUGCUGCCGAGGAGUACUGUGCGCUCAUUUGUCAGAUGUUCCAGAUUAUCUACGGGCAGCAGACCAUUGAGUGUGUGGACAGGGCGGGCUUCCACUACACCAUGCCUGACCGCUAUUGGUUACAGAGAAGUGACAGCUGCUUGACAGAUAUGACAUACGGCUAUGACGCUGACUUCAGCUGCUGUAGCUCCUUUGAUGGUUCAGACGCAUUUGACCCGUACUACAGCGAGACCUACAGCGAGAGCUCGUCACUAUCCUACCAGGGCUCGCACCGGAGCCUGGCGUCGGUGCACAGCGACGGCGAGCCCAACAACGCCUGCGUGCAGCUCAUGCAGGAGUACAUGAUCACGCUCCGAAACAGGCUGAGUCCCCAGGAAAUCCAGCGCUUCGCCGUGCUGCUCCGCGAGUACCGGAUGGGCGCCCCCAUCGACGAGUUCUGCUCCGACCUGCUGCAGCUCUACGGGGACACCCGCAAGUUCCUGCUGCUCGGUAUGCGGCCAUUCAUCCCAGACAAGGAUGUGGGAGUCUUCGAAAGCUUUCUGGAAGGCAUCGGAAUCCGGGAGGGCGGGAUCCUCACGGACAGCUUUGGGCGCAUCAAGCGCAGCAUGAGCAGCACCUCGGCGACGGCUGUCCGUGGUUACGACAGCUGGUCCCUCCCAUCCGGCUCGCAGGACUUCAACCGGCGGAUCAGUGACAUCACGCACGACAUCGAGGCCCUGGGGUUUGAGGAGGGAGACGGGGACAUAGAGGAGGAGGAUUAUUACCUGUGAGCGGGAGCUGCUUUGUUUGUGUGUGUGUGUGUGUGUGUGUGUGUGUGUGUGUGUGUGUGUGAGUGUGUAUGUGGGAGAGAGU